AUGGCAGGCGCGGUGGCCACCAGGGUGACCUGCCCGACAGGCGCUGGUCACCCGUUCGCACACGCCGCUGGUGACCUCACAGCCUGGGUCGUACACCGUCCGCACACCCUGUACCUGUACCGUCCGCAGAAGGCAAUUCCCCCCUUUGGCCCAACGCACGCCGACGUCGCGCCUGCGACUGCCUCCGUCACCGACAUCCGCCUCGAUCACAGCCGCGCGGGCGGCACAUUGCUGCCGCGCGGGCGGCACAUUGCUGGUGUUGCGACCGGGAGAGCAUCGCGGCUGGCACGGCACAUAGGAGGCAUUCGGCGGCGUGGCUGGCGCGACCUGAUAGCGAGGUCCUACGACGCGUACUGGCAGCACAGCCUCGUGCCGCUGCCAUCCCUCUCCUCCCACAACCUGCCCACCCUCUGCUUCGAGCCGAUCCCCGGUGCCGGACCCAAGUACCAGUGCACGAAGACCCUCGAAGUGCCGACCGUUAUCCGCGGCAGCGAGCGCACGAGCGUCGCGGCAGAGUUUCAUGUCGUCGGCCAGAUCGCCCCCGAGAGCCGCGUCGUGCACACUACGGACACGCACGGCCAUUCGCAGCUCGACGGCAGACCCGUGACGUAUGUCGCGUUCUGGGUAGAAGCUCGCCCGGACGUGACGAGCCGCGUGCAAUGGGAACGCAUGCGCCCCGUUCUGGAGCGGCUCACCGAACGCGCGCCGCAGCCGGUCGACACCUCGCGGUUCAUCUCCGUUGACCCCGAGAGUGGUACGCUGAGCCUCCGCGUCCUUGGUUUCAAGGUGCACGGAGAGGAGGAGGAGCCGGGCUUCCCUCUCUACAACGACGAUGGCUCGUACAUCGACAUGAAGACCGCCGAUGACGUCCCCGACGAGGCUGUCAACGUCAUCUUUCGGAUCAAGUGCACGACCAUGUCAGUCUCGAAUCAGUCCGCGGAUCAGGCACGCAGCAACGAUGUGCGCGGCGGGGGACGCUCGGUACUUGCCAUGCAUGGGUCAGUCACCUAUGUAUCUCGCGUCUAG